AUGGCGAUGGGAAUAGAACUCUCGACCUUUUUCCUACUCCUCUGGAUACUUCCAGUCCGUAGCAUCGAAGUCACCAUUACCUCGUCGUGUACGAGUCUCUGCAACGGACCAAGUCUGACAGUGUACACGGACCUAUCAUGCAGUGAUCAUGAAUACUUUGACUCGGAUAAAGGUGAUACGAUGCGUGACUGCCUUACAUGCGAAAGUACGAGCUCAGCCGAUAAUGGAGACCUGAGCACGCCGCAGAAUAAUGAUAUUUAUUGGUUUUUAUUCAACAUGAAAUACACGCUCCAAUACUGCUUGUUCCAAGAGAAUGGAAGUACACCAUCUUUACCCGACUGUGAAGUCGACUGUGCCGGCUUGUACCCGGUCCUCACGACCUCGUGGUUCUUGCCUGCUCCGGCAAAGCAAUAUGAAUACUGCUCGAUCAAUGAUAUGGCCUUCCCACAAUAUGCAGAUACAUGCGCAUCAUGCCUACAAGCGGGAACUGGAUCUGUGGUGUUGGGAAAUUUUCUCAAUGCAAUGCAAUCGGCUUGUGAUAGUAAACCUGAUGCCACGUUGGGAGAGAUGGUACCAUUGCAACGAGAGCUGUUCGAUACCACUACUGUGAAUCCAUCUGCUGCUACGUCAAUGUCAACAUCUUCCGCCUCCGCUCCAGCUUCUACUUCAGUUUCUGAAUCAGCUUCUGCAACCGAAUCUACCUUUUCCGCAACAACGGCAGCUGCAUCAUCGAGCUCUACGACGACCGCAGCCCCAACAUCCGACUCCUCAGGAAUCAGCGCAGGUGCAGCAGCUGGCAUUGGUGUUAGUUGCGGCCUUGGCGCCAUCGCUAUCAUCGGCGGUCUAUUCUGGUUCAUCUUGACUAGGGCCCGUCGCCGGAACCAACGGAACAAGUCAGGCUGCGACUUCAAGGACGCUAAAGAGAUGCCUUCUCCAUUGUAUGAACCGCUGACGCGGACCGCCUUAAAUCGUGCUUAUGCUCAGCAAUUGGCGAGCUCCGAGGUACAUGAAAUUGACUCGACACAGAAUGUCAAGGUUUGGUCAAAUGAGUUGGAUGGUCGACCUGUGCGCGGAGAAUAUCGUUGA